CGGCCGAGGAUACAGCCUCUGGCUCUGGAGAGCCCCGGGAAGAGGCGGGAGCUCCAGGUCCCGCCUGGGAUGAGUCCCAGCUACGAAGUUACAGCUUCCCGACCCGGCCCAUCCCACGUCUGAGCCAGAGCGACCCUCGGGCGGAAGAGCUCAUCGAAAAUGAGGAGCCUGUGGUGCUGACCGACACAAACCUUGUGUACCCUGCUCUGAAGUGGGACCUAGAAUACCUGCAAGAGAAUAUUGGCAACGGAGAUUUCUCUGUUUACAGUGCCAGCACCCAUAAGUUUUUGUACUAUGAUGAAAAGAAGAUGACUAAUUUCCAGAACUUCAAACCAAGGUCCAGCAGGGAGGAAAUUAAAUUUCAUGAGUUUGUUGAGAAACUACAGGAUAUACAGCAUCGAGGGGGAGAAGAGCGGUUGUAUCUGCAACAAACGCUCAAUGACACCGUGGGAAGGAAGAUUGUCAUGGACUUCUUGGGUUUUAACUGGAACUGGAUUAAUAAGCAACAGGGAAAACGUGGCUGGGGGCAGCUGACCUCUAACCUGCUGCUCAUCGGCAUGGAAGGAAACGUGACACCUGCUCACUAUGAUGAGCAGCAGAACUUCUUUGCCCAGAUAAAAGGCCAUAAGCGAUGCAUCUUAUUCCCUCCAGAUCAGUUUGAGUGCCUCUAUCCAUAUCCUGUCCAUCAUCCCUGUGACAGGCAAAGCCAGGUGGACUUUGACAAUCCUGACUACGAGAGUUUUCCUAAUUUCCGAAAUGUGGUUGGUUAUGAAACAGUGGUUGGCCCUGGUGAUGUUCUUUACAUCCCAAUGUACUGGUGGCACCACAUAGAGUCAUUACUAAAUGGGGGAAUUACCAUCACUGUGAACUUCUGGUAUAAGGGGGCUCCUACCCCUAAGAGAAUUGAAUAUCCUCUCAAAGCUCAUCAGAAAGUAGCCAUCAUGAGAAACAUUGAGAAGAUGCUUGGAGAGGCCUUGGGGAAUCCACAAGAGGUGGGGCCUUUGUUGAACACCAUGAUUAAAGGCCGUUACAACUAACCUGCCAGAGGUCAAGGCCUCCUGCCAGGUGACUGCUAUCUCGUCCACAUGCUUCGUUGAUGAGGACAGGACACUCCAAGCACUAGUAUUGCACGCUGCACUUAAUGGACUGGACUCUUGCCAUGGCCCUGGAGGCAGGUGUUUGGGGCGAGGCAGGGUAGAUGACUCCACUCCCAUUUGGAAAGAUUUCUCACCCUUGCCUUUUGAGCCCCAGAACCUUCCCUCUUCGCCCCCCUAAAGUCCUGCAUUCAGUGUGUGGAGUUCCAGCUUCUGGUUGUCAUCAUGUCUGUGUUAGUCUGUCAACCUCAGGGUGUGUGUAUGUGUACAUGUGUGCAUAUGCAUGUGUAUACACACACAUGCAUGUAUCUGUUCCAAGUUCCCUCUUCCUGGACCAGGAUAUCAUUCUGGAUCUCAGCUCCUGUCUCCUGAAGCCUCAGUGCCUCAGCCUGAGAGAGGAGAUGCUCCUGUAUCCCUCCUACAUCUGGGUUGUGGUGCCAGAAUGAAUCUGCUCAUCAGUCUGCCUUCUGCCAGUUUUUGCAGCAUAGUCAGGCUACAGGCCAGGUAGCAAUAGCUGCUGGGUCCCAGUGGGGACACUAGAAGGAGGCUUGUCUUUGGGAGACCAGAUAGCCUUCUGGUGGAAGAGGAUUAGAUAGGGGUCCGGUUGAGAACUACAGACUCAAGCCAUACAUAGAAGGUAACCUUGAGAAUCUAAGAACAGAGGAUUGUGCAUAUGUUCCAAAUUGCAGACACAUGCAGCUAUUCUCUUUCAGUACCAGCUCUUGCCCCUGUGCUAGGCAUGGAGGUAGUUCUAACUCUAACUUCUUUGGGCUCCAGGGGUAUGGACCUCUGCAUGUGUGUAUAUACCUGUGCACACCUGUGUGUGUGUGUUCACACUUGCCAUCCUUCUUGCUUACCAAGGUUCUCUACUGCUUACCUUGUCCAAUGUGACAGUACAGUGUGAACCCCAGAUACUGCCUGACUUAGCCUAUAGCUUUUAAACUCGGAUUUUAGCCAUCCUAUCUUGGUCAGAUCUCACUGCAGCCUACCUAAAGCUGACUGGCUUGAGCCUCCAGGUCCUGUGUCUUUCCCUGUCCAGGCCACAUCCCCUGCUCCUGCUGAGUUGCCUGGCUGAAUAGAUGAAAUGGGAUCAGACUUAGGCAGCUAACUCAAUACCUUUCAUCCACCUCAGGGCAAGGGCAAAAGUGUCCUCUUGCCUCUUAGAGCCAGCGCCUCUGCCAGACCCAACGUAACGUUGCAUGACAGCUAGAGUAGGCCAGCUGGUAGAGCAUGGGUAGGGUUUACUUUUCUGUUGGUAGCUAUUUAUGGGAACCUUCUCAGGGCUGCAGUGUAGAGCUGGGCAGCUCAACGUUACACAACAGAGUGCCAUCGUUCACAUCUGUUCAGAGGGAAUGGGGCCCCUGCAGUUUGGCAGAGUGGUGGCCCUGUGUCCACUUACCUCAAGUCCCUUCUCCAUCAUCUUUUUCUCUAAAAUCUGAGUGGGAAGUCUAAUUUUAUUCACUUCUUUCCCACUGUUUUCUCCCAUCCCCCUAAGUUUGACCUCUACUGUCUGAGCUGUGGCUCUUAGCCCUGAAGCUCAGCCUACAGUGCCCCAUGGACUGAGAAGAUGCAUGCGUAUGCUUGUGCACACCUGUGUACGUGUUCUGGGGGCUUUGAUUCAAUGUGAGUAUGCAGACAUGGUACCCUCUCAAGUGUAGCUCUUCAAAUACAGCCAGUGCUGGGCAUUGUGAUUGCAGUAAA